CACGAGCGCACAGCCGCGCACGCAACAAAAGGCACGGCCAGCGGGAGACGCCGACGGACUUUUCUCCUCACGCUUCGUUCAUGGGUUGCUGCGGCUCCUCGCUGCGGUCGUGGGUCCACGCGGAGAAGCCGCCCGGCCCGCGGCGGCCUGCUCCCCCUACCCCGCCGCCGCACCGCCCCUCCUUCUCCCUCAAGGCGCAGAAGGCCGCUCCCCCGGCGGCCGCGGCGCCGGCCGCGCGCGGGGUGGAGGAGGUCCCGGCGCUCGCGGAGUUCUCGCUGGCGGAGCUCCGCGCGGCCACGGACGGCUUCGCGGCGGGGAACAUCGUGUCGGAGAGCGGCGAGAAGGCCCCCAACCUCGUCUACAGGGGCCGGCUGCGGGGAGGCGCCGCCCCUCGCGCCAUCGCCGUCAAGAAGUUCGCCAAGCAUGCCUGGCCCGACCCCAAGCAGUUCGCGGAGGAGGCGAAGGGGGUGGGCAAGCUGCGGCACCGGAGGCUGGCAAACCUCAUCGGCUACUGCUGCGACGGCGACGAGCGGCUGCUUGUCGCCGAGUUCAUGUCCAACGAUACCCUCGCCAAGCACCUGUUCCACUGGGAAAACCAGACUAUUGAAUGGGCUAUGCGUCUGAGAGUCGCAUGCUACAUUGCCGAAGCAUUGGGAUAUUGCAGCAAUGAGGAACGCUCUUUAUAUCAUGACCUAAAUGCAUACAGAGUCCUCUUUGACGAGAAUGGUGAUCCGCGUCUCUCAUGCUUUGGUCUGAUGAAAAACAGCAGGGAUGGGAAAAGUUAUAGCACAAAUCUAGCGUACACACCUCCAGAAUAUCUGAGAAAUGGCAGGGUCACAGCAGAAAGCGUCAUAUUCAGUUUUGGCACUGUACUCAUCGAUCUUCUCAGUGGAAAGCGCAUACCUCCUUCCCAUGCACUUGAUAUGAUAAGAAGUAGAAACAUCCAAGCACUAAUGGAUUCACAUUUGGAGGGGAACUACUCAACAGAGGAGGCUACUACUUUGGUGAAUCUUGCUUCUCAAUGUUUGCAGUACGAACCAAGAGAUCGGCCUGAUAUAAAAAAGUUGGUUUCCAUUCUUGAGCCACUGCAAACAAAAUCAGAGGUGCCAUCUUAUGUGAUGCUUGGAGUUGCGAAACCUGAUGAACUAUCAAAGGCACCACCUAGCCCUCCUCCACAGCCACAGCACCCUCUUUCUGCCAUGGGAGAAGCCUGUUCAAGGAUGGACCUAACUGCCAUACAUCAGAUUCUAGUCUCGAUGCAUUACAGAGAUGAUGAAGGGAGUAACGAGUUAUCGUUCCAAGAAUGGACACAGCAGAUGAGGGAUAUGUUGGACGCCCGGAAACAGGGCGACUUUGCUUUCCGAGACAAGGACUUUAAAGCAGCCAUAGACUGUUAUACUCAGUUUGUUGAUGUCGGGACAAUGGUGUCACCAACGGUUUACGCCAGGCGAAGCUUGUGCCACCUGAUGUGUGACCAACCUGACGCUGCCCUCCGGGACGCAAUGCAAGCGCAAUGCGUGUAUCCCGAUUGGCCGACAGCUUUCUACAUGCAGGCAGUCGCCCUGUCCAAGUUAGACAUGCAGAGUGACGCCACCGACAUGUUGAACGAGGCCUCACAACUUGAAGAGAAGAGGCAAAAGAGCGCAAGAGGUCCAUGAAUGAAGAGCAUAUUAAACUUGGAGAAGUUGCAUCCCUCCCAUAUAUAUGUAUGUAAUCGUAAGUUUGCGCUGAUCUGAGCGGUAUAUAGGAGCUAGAAGAUCUGCGGGAAGACAUUUCACUGAAGAGUCCUGUGAAUGCGAUUGAAGGAACUCGUUUGGUUUGGCAUGCCUGUGAUAGGUAGUGCAUUUUUGGGCCCAUGUUUGCUGUAUAUAACGUCUGUUGAAACAGGCAGCAAACACGGUCGUUCUUUUGAAUGAGUGUUGCUGGUUGUUGGGAAGGGUCCGUCCUUGUACCUAAAGCUAAUAAACAUACCUAUAUCCUGUUUGUACAUAAAAUAUUGAUUUGGAUGUA